AUGGGCCGUCGCGAUUCAUCCGAAUCCGCACACGCCAAACGCCACGAUGAUCUCGAGCUGGCCCAAACAAAGUCCAUUGCCGAAUCCAUGUCUUUUUUUCGCGAAUGUCUCUUCGUCACUUUACUCUGCGCGGCCCAGUUUGUCACCCAAGUCGGCUUAGUGGGAACCCUCACCAUCAUCCACAUUAUCGGAUCCGAUCUUGGCAUCACCGACGCAGGCAUCCUCUCCUGGUUGAUCGCGGGCUAUUCGCUGACAGUUGGCACCUUCAUUUUACUUUCGGGUCGCUGUGGGGAUUUAUUCGGCUACAAGAACAUGAUUAUCAUCGGAUACGUCUGGUUUGCUGUUUGGAACGUAAUAGCCGGCUGCAGUGUAUAUCCUCACAAGAGUGGUGGACAGGUGCUCUUCAUUUGCGCCAGGGUAUUUGGAGGCAUAGGACCGGCGAUCAUGCUACCCAAUGCGCUUGGUCUUCUUGGAUCGACGUACCAUGAAGGGGAAAGAAAAGACAUGGUCUUCUCACUGUUUGGAGCAUGUGCACCUUGUGGUGCCAUCCUGGGUGGUCUAUGUGCCAGUCUCUGGUCUCUCGUGUGGUGGCCCUGGGCAUAUUGGACCUUUGGCAUUGCACUCUUUGGCUGCGCCGUGGCGUCGAUAUUCAUCCUUCCUUCGGUGCCUGUGAGCGAAGAGGUGCGUCAACUGUCGAACCGCGAAAGAGUUCGAGAGCUGGACUUGCUUGGAGCAGCUAUAGGCCUCACUGCCAUGAUACUGUUCAACUUUGCGUGGAACCAGGCUCCGGGAUUCGGCUGGGAGCAUCCGUACAUCUAUGUCCUUCUAAUCAUCGGACUGCUCCUUUUCCCCGCAUUCAUUUGGGUUGAGGUAAAAGUGGCCAAAAAGCCUCUGAUUCCAUUCGAGGUCCUUAGUACAGACGUGAUAUUUGUAAUGGUCUGCAUGGUAUGCGGAUGGGCUGGUUUUGGCAUAUGGGUCUACUACUCUUGGCAAUUUCUCCAACGACUCCGCGGUCACUCGCCACUUCUCACCAUUGCUCAAACCUGCCCUAUCGCCCUAUCAGGCGUCGUUGCCGCUAUUACUACGGGUCGCGUUAUCUCACGCACAGGCCCGGGGUGGGUGAUGUUGAUCAGUAUGCUUGCCUUUUUGAUAGGCAACACAUUGGUCGCGACAAUGCCCAUCCACCAGACGUAUUGGGCGCAGGCUUUUGUUACUACAAUCAUCAUUCCCUGGGGCAUGGACAUGAGUUUUCCUGCCGCCACGCUCAUCAUGAGCAACGCCGUGGCGAAAGAGCAUCAGGGCAUGGCAGCGAGCCUGAUCAACACAGUCGUAAACUACAGUAUCAGUAUUGGCGUUGGCAUCGCAGGCACCGUAGAAGUCCACGUCAACAACGGCGGAAAGACGACUGCGGAUGAGCUCAAGGGAUAUCGCGGUGCCCUGUAUUUCAGCGUCGGAAUGUGCGGCCUCGGUGUCGUGACAAGCCUGCUUUUCCUCUUCAAGAUUCGCUUGAGGGCGAAGAAAGCGGCACAAUGA